AAUGCAAAAUGUAAACAAACCCCUCGACGCAUAACCUCAAUCCACUCCCGGGACACUCUCUUAGGGAAAAGAAAGACAGUUGGUUUCCUCUCACAUAACAAUGUCGGCGUUUUUAAAAAUAACGAAACAACUUCCAAGUGCAACAAAAUGUUUAUCGCGGAGGAUAGACUUAAUAAAUUUGCAACAAAUAAGAAACGUUAGUAGUCUGCCGCGUUCAGCAACAUCACAAGCCAAAGAACAACAAUAUAUGAAAAACGACCGGGUUCCUCCAAAUUACAGCCUUAUCUAUCGGACGGCAAUGGAGAAUUAUAUUGCCUGGUCAAUGCACGUCUCGAGUUUGACAGCGGCUGUGAUUGGUGGUGCUGCAAUCUAUCAAUAUGCCAGUAAGACACCCUUAAUGGACCCUCAGCUGGUGGAGACCACCUUGGUAAUGCACACUGAGGAUAUUUAUGUGUUUGCACUUGGAUUUUUGGCCAUUAAUGCUGUGCUGCGUUUAGUUGUUUCCAAACUCCCCCUGAGAAUAUAUAAAAACAACGAGGGCAAAUAUUUAGCUGUGUAUCACUCACAAUUUCCUGGCGGUAUAACACAUCAUCACUUCGACCAAGGCGAUGUGAGAGAAGUAACAUAUUUCUUCAGUCCAUGGAAUGGAUCUACAUAUAAAUUGGGCAAGAAAACAUCGUUGGUGUUGGAAAAUUACUUCAAGACUCCUUGGGAGUUCCAACAAAUGCUAACGCCACCAAAGAAAGAGGAAUGAGGGCUUGUGGAGAAACGUUUUAUUUAUGUUAUUAGAGUAAGAAAAUGUUAAUGUUGGUGUUACUGUGGGAAAAUGAACAUUAAUGGAUUGGCAAACCUCCAUGCUCUGAUGUUGAAUGAUUCUUAAAUAGUAUGUGAGUAGAAUCAAUAAAACUAUGUUCACAACUGAACUAUUAACAUCUUAAAUAAAAUAAAGAAAUUAAAUUAUGGGGAAAUAUUUGCCCAUUGUGUAAUGGA